UGCAUCGUCUUAAUUUCAAUAUAAAACUCCGUAUCACGCCACUUUCAUCAACACAACGCAACACAUCGCUUUUUGCUGCUUAAGUUUCAAAGUACGAACGAAGCAUCAAGAUCUUGCAAGAAAUCAAGCAUGUCAGGAAGAGGUAAAGGAGGAAAGGGUCUUGGAAAGGGUGGAGCCAAGCGUCAUCGCAAAGUUCUUAGAGAUAACAUUCAAGGAAUUACGAAACCCGCUAUUCGUCGUCUUGCUAGACGUGGUGGUGUGAAGCGUAUAAGUGGAUUGAUCUAUGAAGAAACUCGUGGUGUUCUCAAGAUCUUUCUCGAGAACGUUAUUCGUGAUGCUGUGACUUACACUGAACACGCUCGCCGCAAAACAGUUACUGCUAUGGAUGUUGUUUAUGCGCUCAAGAGACAGGGCAGGACCCUUUACGGUUUUGGGGGUUAGGUUUAAAUGUUAGCUAUUAGUAAUAGUUUGUUGAAUCAACAUCUGCUAGUUGAUUUAAUCUCAGCUUGUUCAAUUUAAAUUUUAAUGAAUGUUUUCUUACUCUA